UGCAGGUCCACACUCAGACCAGCAGGGGGCGGUACUGGCCAUGUGCCAUCAGUCACAACCAGCACCAGAGAAGGAAGCGGUCAGUAGCGGUGAGUGCUGUGUGGUGUAGAGGGCACGCUGAGAGUCCAACAUGUCUGUGUUCUACCCGACUCUGCUGCUCUGUGUGUACGGCUUCUUUUCCAGUCUGCGACCGUCAGAGCCUUUUCUCACCGCCUACCUGCUGGGACCAGACAAGAACCUGACAGAGACUCAGGUUGUCAAUGAAAUCUACCCAGUAUGGACAUACUCCUACCUAGUGUUGCUGUUCCCCAUCUUCCUGGCCACGGACUACCUCUGUUAUAAGCCUGUCUUGGUCUUGCAGGCGACUAGCUUAGUAGUUACCUAUGUGAUGCUCCUGAAGACCCAGGGCAUGCUGGCCAUGCAGCUCCUGGAGUUCUUCUUUGGGCUGGCUACAGCCUCAGAGGUGGCCUACUACUCCUACAUCUACAGUGUGGUGGAGCCCACACACUACCAAAGAGUGACAAGCUACUGCCGCAGUAUCACUCUGUUUGGAUCAGCCGCUGGCUCUCUGAUUGGUCAGCUCCUCCUCUCUGUGGCCAAAGUCCAGCUGCUCCACCUGGUCAUCAUCACUCUAGCAUCAGCUGCUGUGGCCUUCGUUGCCCCCUGGUUUCUACCCAUGCCCAAGAGGAGCUUGUUUUUCCACAAGAGUACGGGAGUGGCGGAAGAAAGGCUGCAGAGGAAAAGCAAAUCCCUGAUGGAGAAGGCGGAGGACUUGGAGAGCAAAGAGCCUCUAAAAAAACAGGACAUCUCAACGGUGUCCAGGUCCUCUGAGGCAGGGAGUGGUAACGGUGGUCUUUUGGAGGUGCUGCUAAUGUUGUUUACAGACUUCCUGCAUUGCUACAGAUGUCGCCCCCUGCUGGCUUGGUCACUGUGGUGGGCGCUGGCCACCUGUGGAUACUUCCAGGUCCUCAACUAUGCUCAAGUACUCUGGGAGAACAUUCGUCCUUCCCAGGAAUAUGAAAUCUACAACGGCUAUGUGGAGACACUGUCUACUCUGUUAGGGGCUGUGACAGCUCUGCUGGUGGGCUACCUGCCAGUCAGCUGGUCUCUUUGGGGGGAACUGGUUCUGUUUCUCCUCUCCCUGCUGAUGGCUGUGUGUGUAUUUGUCAUGGACACACUGAGGAACAUCUGGCUGUGUUACAGCUCAUAUAUCCUCUUCAGAGCCAUAUACAUGCUGCUCAUCACUGUCGCCACAUAUCAGAUCGCAGCCAGUCUCAACAUGCAGCGCUAUGCCUUGGUGUUUGGAGUGAACACCUUCAUGGCUCUGCUGCUGCAGACUCUGCUCACUGUGGUGGUGGUGGACUCGGCCGGCCUCGGCCUCGAUGUUUUCACUCAGUUCCUCAUCUAUGGCGGCUACUUCGCUGUCAUCUCUGUGGUCUUCCUCAUCGCUGGGCUUUGCAAAGUGGUCUCCAGGAGGCGUUCUGAGCAGAAGGCCAACAGCCCAGCAGAGACAGAGUCAGACUCUCCUCCGAUUAGUGACACAAGCUCUUGCAGAUAGCACGUCAUGACAGCUGUUAGCAUCUCACACACUAAAGCUCAUUGAGCACAGUGACUCCACAAGGUGAGCUUCUGUAGUCCGUUAAGCCAUGGAGUUUCUUCAUUGUGUCAAAGUAGAAGGUAGAGGCAAAAACUACUAUCUAUAUAAUGACUGUAGGUCACUGUGUCUUUGCCUUUUGCUUAGUAAAGCACUCCAAGCUGCAUUAAUCAAUUUUCCCCAGUGGGUGGCAAAAGAACUCCAGAGCAAGCCAACAAACACACAGCCAUGUACACAUAUCGUUAUAUCAUUGUUAUGGCCAACAUGACAAUGCAGAGGUGUAGCAAAGACUAAAUGCUAGUAAUGUGCACUGGCAUGUAAUUACUGUUGCUGCUCAGGUAGUGUACAGUGGGUUUAUCAGCACUUAUCAGCUGCCUGCUGCUGAAACUUUUUUAAACGCACAGUAAAUCCCAAACAAUAAUGUGAACAAGGCCGAAAAAGCUCCACAGAGCUGCAGAGUUGGCUCACAAUUCCUCGCAGGUAUGUGCGACCCCUUUCACAUAAAUAAGUGUUUCAGUGUAAAUAAAAAUGAUUUGAUAAAUGCAGCAUUAAAAGACCACACUACUGAUCACAGAUAGAUGGCUUCAUCUAACAUGUACGUCGCACAACUUUUUCUCGAUGCACAACAAUUUGUGUACGUUUCCUAGCUUAUUGGAGUUGAUGCCUUAGACUUGAUGUGUAAAACACUAGGGAUGGGUGCAUUAUUAGCAUAAGUACCUUUUGUGUUACAUAUGCCACCAGCCAAAAAGAUAUGUUUAUAUUUUUCUAUGUAUUAUUUCUUCCUGUAACUGCAUAGAUUGUGUAUUGUACCAUCAAAAACCUUAAUAACAUGGGUGAGUAUCAUUAUCAGUAUCUAUUCUUAAUGAACACAGUGCCGUUAAAGCUGUUACAUUGUUGACCUGCAUUCAUUUUAAUAUUGAUAAUCAUAUACUCUCAUGUUCAUUACUGCUGAAUGUUACAUAUUUUUUUUCUUGUCAACAAAUCUAAUGAAAAGACCAAAACUAACAAUGUGCAAGUCUGUCUUAAUGCUUUCUGACUUCUCAACUCUGUCCGUAGCUCUCAGCUCCAGACACAUUGGUUCCCACUGAAGAUGUUCAUCUUCAUAAAUUCAUUUUUAAAAAGCUCAAUUAACUCCCAAAACAGCUGGUCACUGUACUUUUUGUCAAAUAGGAGGAAAUAUUGUGUAUUUGACUUUUUGAAGUGGUGGAUUAAUACACAUUUGGUGCUGUAGUGAGUACUUGAACAUGGAGCUCUACAGCACAGAGGAAUAAGAUAUAUCAGGCUGUGGACACACAGACAGUACUUGUUGGAAGGAUCUCAUGGAGUUUGUUGACAAAUAUAGAAUAUGUCCAGACUUAUCCUUUAAGUGUGAAAGAGAUAACCAAAUUAUUGACUUAAAUCAACCAAAUUCAUUUUGAAUGAAGUGCAAAAAUACGGCUGAAAUAUAAAAUACCAUGCAAUGGAAAACUUUUCAUACAAGAUAUGUUAUGUAAUUGUAACUUUUGUUUUUGUUGAGUAUAAUGGUGUGUGUGGAAAAGUAUGGAAGACUUCAAAUAAUGCCUGUUUUUUUUUCCACUGGCCAAAUAGACUGAUAUGUUACAGUAUAUUUUAAUUUGAAAACUACCUAGACCAUUCCGAUCAAUAGAUAUAGUUUGUGUAGGCAGUUAGGCACUGUGCCAGCCCUCUCUUUUUUAUUAGUGUCAUAAACAUAAGUGUAUGUCUCAAACCACUGAUGACAGUGUUGGAUUAUCAAGUGUUGUAAAUGUAGUUCUUAUAUAAAUAAGACUGUAUUUGUUCUGCUGUGCAAACAUGAGAUGAAAUACAUACAAUCUCAGCCUUUUUAUUUAAAAAAAAAAAGUUUGAUGGAAGUUUACAGAAGGUGAAUAAAGUAAGCAUUUUCCAUUUUUACCACCCAGCCUGAAUACAUGUAAAACAAUCUUACAAACUAACUUGAAUAAAGGUCAGUAUUCUACAUAGAGAAUUCCAACAUAAAGUUCAUGAAUAGAUUGUUGAAUCUGUGUGCAUGGAUCACCUGGUGUGUGUGUGUGUGUGUGUGUGUGUGUGUGUGUGUGUGUGUGUGUGUGUGUGUGUGUGUGUGUGUGUGUGUGUGUGUGUGUGUGUGUGUGUGUAUGUGUGUCUCCUUCAGCCCACAAAAGCAUUUUGCAGAUGGGUUGCAGUUAUUUGUAAAAUAAUUUUACAGUUAUUCAAGUUGGAUGGAUUGUCGCAUAUCUUUAAAUCAUGUUUUGUGGAUCAUGAAACAUGCAUUUGCACUGCUAUUAAGACUUUUUUUUUUUUUUUUUACAUUUGUCCUUCACUGUGUGAAACGGUGCCUCUCCUCCUCUCCCAGAGGGUUUCUAUGGUUGUAUUACAACAAAGUGUAUUCAUUUCAUGUGACAUUUAUGAAAGUUGUCAUCUAUUUAGCAGAGAUGGGCUACCUCAGGAAACCACCUGACACUUAAUUCAUAUAGUGUGUUGUAUGAGAACUAGGCUUUUGCUUUGCAGGAUGUAUGUGAAUGUGUUUAUUCUGUGGAUUUCAGUUGAAUUAUUUGCACUCUUCUAAGACUUGGUCAUACAUGAAAGCCUGUGUGUGCAGUUUGUUACUUGCUAAUACUGAAGGUGUGUUGUGCUGAUACUUUAAUCACAUGGUUUAAAUAAAUAAUCAUGUAAGUGUUCCCCCCACAAACUUGUUUAGCACUUGAAAUGAAAAAGCUGCCGUCUAUGCAAUGACUAUCAAAAAAAAUAAAUAUUUCUGCCUGAUAAUCAUGUUUUUUUGUGUUGUGAAUUGUUACUUAAUUGUUAAUUGUUA